AUGAUGGUUCCGAACGAUAAAACAUUAGAGCUUCUUUUUAGCUACAAUAAAAUAGUUAAAGAUCUUGUUCAAAAAUCAACUGUUGAGGAUCCAAUGUUUCAGAGGCAUGCCAUUAACAAUGAAUACGCUAUCGAUAUCCAGAAAUGGAGUGUUGAGUAUUCGGAUCUGACAUCUCAAGUAGAGUCAAUCAAGGCUUUAUAUCCAGACUUUUUUGUAGAAAAUAAUGACCUUGUAAUGAAUUUAGACUUGCUUCAAGAGCAAAAUGUAGUUUAUGUACUCCUUUACUCUGCAGUCAUGCUUCAAUGGCCUUCUUUGAACCCGACAGUCUUAUUUUCUGUAGAUGAUAUCAACAAAGGCACUGUUUUUGGAUAA